CUCUUCCACCUCGUGGGAAGAGGAGUAUAUUAUGCCUCUCUGCCGCCUCUCUCAAUUCUCGUUUCUUCUCCUUUUUUCCUCAGGGUCGCUGCGCUUCACUCAUUAACAUUCAAUUCUUUUCUUUUUCCUCAACAAGAGCUGUGCUCUGUUGCUUCGAUUCAUUGAAACCUCUGCUUGAUUAACCAUUCCUUAACUUUCUUAUCUACUUCUUCGCUUUUCUUCUUCUUCUUUCACUUAUACACAGUCAUUCAAAAUGAAGCCUUCUUCAGUCCUUCUUCUCACUGCCGCUGGCCUGGCAACAGCUCUUCCGGCUCAGCCUGUCGUUGCUCGUUCGGAGAUCCAGGCUGCUCCCGCUGCUCGAUCUUUCCUUGAGCGCGCCGUUGAUGUCAUCUUCGCAAGAGACUUGGUUGCCCUGAAUGCCAACACUGCAUCUCCACCUGCUGAUGAUGCCGCUGCUGACAAGAAGAAGGGGGCGGCUGCUACUACUGCCGCUGCCGCUGCUACCACGAGUGCUGCCGCUGCCGCUCCUCCUGCUGCUACCACCGCUGCUGCGGCUGCUCCUCCUCCUCCUGCUGCUACCGAUGCUGCUGCCGCUCCUCCUCCUCCUGCUGCUACCGAUGCUGCUGCCGCUCCUCCUCCCCCUCCUGCUGGUAACGGCACUGCCUCAGCAGGUAACGAUGGCAAGGGCAAAGGCAAGGACAAAGGCAAGGACAAGGGCAAGGGCAAGGACAAGGGCAAGGGCAAGGACAAGGGCGGCAACAACAAUAACAACAACAACAAGAACGGCCUUGGUGAUGCCAUCAGCGGCGCUCUCUCCCAGCUCGGCUUGGAUGGCGUCCUGAACGUUGGCUCGAUCAACAAGCUCAAUGGCGGUCAACAAAUCCAGCUGCUCUCUCAAAUCGUCGCCCUCCAGACACUGGCUGAUUUGCAAAUGGUCACCUCCAAGCAAGUCAUCGUGGCGCUGAACCAGGGCUUCAAGAGCAACGGCCUCAACAUUGUCAUCAACGGGUAAACAAGAAUGAAAGAGAAUAUAUAUAUAUGUGUGUUGGAGUGAAGGAAAAACGAAACGAAACGAAUUGGGAUAUGAAUAAGGGCGUUGAGAUGGUUGAUCUGGCGCUCCUCAUAUAAACGCGGAGGGAGUAUGUAGAUCGUGAUAAAUACCUCGGGAAAAA